AUGACCAGCACCGCCGACCCCACAUCGCCAGCAGCAGCAGCCGAAAGCACGACCAACGAACCAUCAGCCGAGGCCAUCGCUGCCCUCAUCACCCAGAGCGCACCCCCACCCGACACGCUCAAGCGGACGCCCUCAGCGAACGCCGACCCGCCCCAGCCAUCGCCAGCCGCCGCCGACGGACACGCCGCCCGGGCCCACCCACACGCCACGGCCGUCCCCGAGGAGCCGGCGACGGCCAGCCGGGAAGGCACCUACCAUACCAUCGCCACCACCGCCGACCAGACACUCGUCGACACCAACGACUCCUCCACCCACGUCGCUUCCGAUCACCUCAAGCCGCUCGCCGCCCCUCCAGCCGACCCUCUGCUCGUCCCCACAUCCUCUGACCCAAUGAGCCACACAACCACGCCCACCGAUACGACCCCAGCGGCCUCCAAGCCCAGCGCUCCGGCCACAACCACCACUACCACCCCCACUAGUCCAUCUCCACGUCCGGCCCCCGCCUCCAACCCGCCCGUCUCCCAAGCGGGGCCAUCCGCAACAGCCCCGCCACCAGCCGGCCGCCAGGCCAAGACGCCCACACGCAAGAAGCUGAUCCGAUUCCUCUUGCCCUGUUUCCAUCCCACCGCGCACGAUGAGCACUCGACAACGGUCUCCAAAUUCGCCCGGCGUCCGAGCCAGGAGGCUCCCGCGCGGGAGAUGGCCGAGCGCGCAGGAGCGUCGGCGGCAGCAGCGGGGACGAGCGGCUCGUUGCAGCCGUCCUCAGGCACGACGACCCGACGGUCGCCGAUCGUGCUUGCGAAGCAACAUUUGCGCAAGGGGAAGCCCGCCAACGCGAGUCCGCGCAGCUCGACGAACCUAGCGCGCCGGAGUCCGUCGAGCCAAUGCAUGCCGACGCCGGUCUCGGACACGGUGACUCCAGCGGGCGCGGCGGCGGCGACGUCGGCGGCGAAUGCGCAUGGCGGGGCGGGAGUCCAAGUGCCGAUGGCGGAGACGGAGGGCAUGCUGAGCGGGGCGGUGGUCCCGCCUGGCAAGGACACCGUCGCGCUCCGGAAGUCCGCCUCGGCGCUCAGACUCGGCGCCCGCAACCAGGCCGAGCCGCUCGUCUCCUCCUCGGCCCCCCUGCUUCCCGCCGACAAGACCGAGUCCGACGAGGCUAGCAUGGGCCCUGACGAUCCCCAAGGCUACCAGGACAUCGAGGACUCGGAGGACGACGAGGAGGACCGGAUCGUCGCUAUGGGCGGCAUGGGCAUCCCCCGCGCCCCCAACGGCUCGCCCAGACCGCUCCUUGCCCCGCUCGACGCUAGUCUGCUCGGACGGAAGUGUCUGGUGCUCGACCUGGACGAAACGCUGGUCCAUUCGAGCUUCAAAGUGAUCCCUCAGUCGGACUUCGUCGUCCCCGUCGAGAUCGAAAACUCGGUCCAUAACGUCCAUGUCAUCAAGAGGCCAGGGGUGGACGAGUUCAUGCGCAAGAUGGGCGAGAUCUACGAGGUGGUCGUCUUCACGGCCUCGUUGUCCAAGUACGCCGACCCGGUCUUGGACAUGCUCGACAUCCACCAUGUCGUCAAACACCGGCUCUUCCGUGAGAGCUGCUACAACCACAAGGGCAACUACGACUUGUCGCAACUCGGAAGACCGAUCGCAGAUACCAUCAUCAUCGACAACUCUCCCGCCUCUUACGUCUUCCAUCCGAACAACGCCGUCCCUGUAUCCUCAUGGUUCAACGACCCCCACGAUACCGAGUUGACUGACUUGGCCGCUUUCUUGACCGACAUCGCUAACGUUCCUGACGUCCGUGGAAUCCUUGAUCCUAGACUUUGA